AGUCUUCACUUGAACGCCGGACAGCGCACAACGUGCUCCAAGCUGCAAGCUUCCAGCUAUUUAUUUGGCUACUCCAAGCUCAGAUCGUGUGCUCGUGGCAUAAUUUUGAUAGUGUGUUUUGCUCAUAUAACAAAUUUGCAUUGAUCUUGUGCAUAUAACGUGUUUUCGGAACAGUUCGCAUUUUACUAAACGCACUGCAAAAGCACCCAAGAUGGCUGAUCUAUCGCCCGUGCAGGAAUAUUAUAAGGACAAGACCGUGUUCAUAACUGGUGCAUCCGGUUUCAUGGGCAAGGUGCUGCUGGAGAAGCUGCUCUAUUCAUGCCACUCGCUCAAGGAGGUGAUCAUCAUUUGCCGUCCCAAGCGCGGCAAGACGCCUGAGGCGCGACUCGAGGAUAUGUUCAAGCUGCCCAUAUUCCAACGCAUCAAGGACGAACGGCCGCACAUGCUAAAGAAGGUGACCAUCUACCAGGGCGAUGUGACCUACGAUUUGCUGGGCUUGAGCGGCGACAGUCUGAAGCAUGUGGUGGAGAACACGAACAUAGUGUUCCACAUGGCCGCCACUCUGAAGCUGGAGGGUAAUCUGCGGGACGCCAUUGACAUGAACCUGUUGGGCACAAAGCGUGCUCUGAACGUGGCCAAGGAUAUGAAACAAUUGGAGGCUUUCGUUCAUCUGUCGACGGCAUUUUGCAAUUGUGAUCAGGAGGUCAUGUAUGAGAAGGUCUAUGAAUUUCCGCACAAGCCCGAGGAUCUGAUGCGUCUGGCCGAAUGGAUGGAUGUGAAAACAUUGGAUGCCAUUACGCCCGAUCUAUUGAAGCCCCAUCCCAAUACCUAUACCUAUUCGAAGCGUCUCGCCGAGCUGCUGGUGCGCGACCAUUACGAAACGAUGCCGGUCAUCAUAGCCCGUCCCAGCAUCGUUACGCCCGCUGCCGCGGAGCCGCUGCCUGGUUGGGUGGACAAUAUGAAUGGACCGACAGGUGUACUGAUUGGCGCCGGCAAAGGUGUCAUCCGUUCCAUGAUCUGCAACGGUGAGCUCAGGUCAGAGGUUAUACCAGUGGACAUAGCUAUCAAUGGCCUGAUUUUGUUGCCGUAUCACAACAGUCGGCUUAAGCAGAAGCCCCAGCAGAUACCCGUCUAUAAUCUAACAGUCGAUGAUGCCAAGAAGCGCAGCUGGAAGUGGAUCAUGGAUGUGGGCCGCGAUCUGGGCCUGAAAUAUCCUUUCGACGUGGGCCUCUGGUAUCCGGAUGGCAAUAUGACAACCAGCAAAUUCUAUCAUACCAUCUGUACCAUUCUGUUUAUGUGGCUGCCCGCCUAUGUCAUUGAUUUCCUUCUGGCCAUCUUUGGACAACGUCGCUUCAUGGUGCGCGUGCAAACGAAAAUAUCGGUGGGCCUGGAGGUGCUACAAUUCUUCACAACACGCAACUGGGACUUUAAGUCAACGCAUUUUGAGCAAAUCUAUAAAGAAAUAUCUGAGGAAGAUCGCAAAAUUUUCAAAAUCAAUACAAACGAUGUGGACGAUUAUGAAUACAUGAAGAUUAGCAUUCUGGGUGGACGUCAAUAUGUUAUGAAGGAGCCGUUGACCUCCUUGCCCAAGGCGCGCAUACAGCUGCGAUUCAUGUAUGUGUUGGAUCGCAUCAGCAAGGGGCUGAUACUGGGAGGCUUCAUCUAUUGGGCCUCCAUGAGACUGGGUCUGAUCGAUCUCGUGCGACACGGCAUUGAGGCAGUCAAGCAUUGAACAACGUGGAUGAAAACGGAAUGGGAACCAUCAUAUAUGGGUUGCGCUGGUUCAUAUACUUGUGCAUGUUUUUCCCCAUAUUUUUCACAUUAUCUUGUCAAAGUAGUGGCAGGGCUUAAGAUUGAAAUAUUCAGGGUUUUUUGUAUAUUAAUUAACAUUAAAGUUGCACAUACAAUUAUAAGAAUAUAUUAUUGUUUAA